AUGGGUUCCUACUACGACGUAGACGCAAUCCUUACCGAUGCACAAAAGGUACCAUGUACUUUCGAGCUUACCGUUCCUGGCCUCGGCUAUCUCGAGGGUAACAUGAGCGGCGACAUGAAGCAGGGUUCAAAAGUCGAGCUUCCACUAUGGCUGGGCGAGAUGCUUGCAUUGAGUCAAAGUCUAAAUACAUCUUCUCUUGUGACCAUCGACCCUCCAUCCGCCCUAUCUCCGCGUGUUCUGAACGCCCUCAAAGCUGACCCGAGAACCGUCGAUUUACGAGCUCUCGCCCCACACUUCUACAAUCUUGGCGCACGAAUCCUGGAACUGUUUGAGGAGGAAGAAAUGAUCGAGGUGCUAAGCGAUACAUUCAAGGCCAGGGCGGCUCUCAUAGCCGAUCAAGCCCAUAAUCCACGAGGUGCGUUAGGCGAAGGCGCCGACUUCAUGCGAGGCCUGGAUGAGAAUGAGCGGCAACUGUUUCGUGCAGCACACGAUAGCGCAAAGGGCGUACGGACGUGGAUGGCAGAUCUGAAGAAGAAAUGA